CCGCUCCGCGAUACCGGGAAGUUGCCUAUCGCAUCCUGGCGCCGGUAUCCCCGUCGGGGUUGAAGCUGCGGCGGACUGCCCUUCCCCAAGAUGGCGUCGAAGAUGGGUUCGCGACGGUGGACGCUGCAGCUGAUCAUGCAGCUGGGUUCGGUGUUGCUCACACGCUGCCCCUUCUGGGGCUGCUUCAGCCAGCUCAUGCUGUACGCUGAACGGGCCGAGGCGCGCCGGAAGCCUGACAUCCCCGUGCCCUACUUGUACUUCGACUUGGGGGCGGCCGUGCUGUGCGCCAGCUUCAUGUCCUUUGGCGUGAAGCGGCGCUGGUUCGCGCUGGGGGCCGCACUCCAACUGGCCAUUAGCACCUACGCCGCCUACAUCGGGGGCUACGUCCACUACGGGGACUGGCUGAAGGUCCGUAUGUACUCGCGCACGGUUGCUAUCAUUGGCGGCUUUCUCGUGCUGGCCAGCGGCGCCGGGGAGCUAUACCGCCGGAAGCCCCGCAGCCGCUCCCUCCAGUCCACCGGCCAGGUGUUUCUGGGCAUCUACCUCAUCUGCGUGGCCUACUCACUGCAGCACAGCAAGGAGGACCGGCUGGCAUAUCUGAACCAUCUCCCGGGCGGGGAGCUCAUGAUUCAGCUGUUCUUCGUGCUGUAUGGCGUCCUGGCGCUGGCCUUCCUGUCAGGCUACUACGUGACACUGGCUGCCCAGAUCCUGGCCGUACUGCUGCCCCCGGUCAUGCUGCUCAUUGACGGCAACGUUGCUUACUGGCACCAUACACGGCGUGUUGAGUUCUGGAAUCAGAUGAAGCUCCUUGGAGAGAGCGUGGGCAUCUUCGGGGCUGCUAUCAUCCUGGCCACCGAUGGCUGAGUUGCACGACAAGAGGCCAGGAGGCUGAGAUGGGUGCAGGGAGCCACCGAGGGCCACCCUGCCUUCCUCUUUGCUGGCCCAGUUGUUUCUUGAUGCUUUCUGCUCUGUUGGGUGGGUUCUUUGCUCUGUGUGUGUGUGUGUCAGAAAGAGGUCUCUUCCCCAGUGCCUGGGCUCGGCCCUUGGGGGUGGGAGCCCUGAUGAUGCCUUACAGGGUUUGGUGGGGGGUUUUUUGCCCUGUUUAUUAGGAGGCGAGCUGAGGCCACCUGCUCCCUAGAUCUGCUGUCCCAGAGAAGGGAGUAAGGCAGGGCUCGGGUGGGGGUACUGAGACUGGGAGACGGAGGAAGGAAGACUACGAACCGGAAGUGAGCAAAUGUGAAAAAUCCCUUUUUGAACUGGCCAAGAGCAGCCGGGCCCCACAGUGCUUUUUGGAGACUGAGAGCGUGCGUGCGUGCGUGCGUGCGUGCGUUGACGUGUGUGGAUCGGGCCGGGAGGUGCCCCGGGGCCGGGCGCCCCAGGAGUCACGUGAGUUCUCAGGGCAGGCCAGGGGCAAAAACCGCACUAACUGUUGCCCCAUCUUGAACGCAGAGCAGGCCCCCAGUCUGGGGUGUGCAGGGGUAGUGCGGGCCGCAGCCAGCUUCCCUCCCCCUGCCUUUCUGUUUCCAGCCGUAUGGUUGGCCUGGUUGGGGUGAGUGCCCUCCCAAACACCAGACCACACAGUCCUCCAAAAAUAAACAUUUUAUAUAGA